AUGAUAUUUAUGAAACUUAUCGGCAAUGCACUAGUUCCUACAGAUAAUAUCGUGAUACCUGAUGAAUUAGAAGUUGCAAUAGAAAAUGAAUUAGAAUGUUUAAAAGAACGAUUAAAGGUUGAAGAACUAGAGUCUGAGCAGAUUCAAAAUGAAAUGAGAACAGUAUUGCUAGAUGUAAAAGGUAAAAAAUGGAAAUCUGCUAUUUCCACAUUGGAAAAGAUAUUAAAGAUGAUUAGACCGUUGAAUAUACAAGAAUUAUUUCGACUUGCUGAAAAAGUGGAUGAAGCUGCUGAACUGAUGAAGGGAAAAGAUGUCAUUCUUCUGCUUGAAGGAACUGGAGCAGGUAAAUCAACUACAAUUCAUUUUCUUGGAGGCUCGAAACUAGAAGAAACGAAAAUAACGACUACACCAUUUGCUCGAUCUGAAACGCGAUUUAUCACACCUGUCACAGUAAAUUAUAAAGAUGUUGGUGGUCUUACCAAUAAUAGUUUUGUGUUAUGUGAUAGUCCAGGAUUCGAGGAUACAAGUGAACCAGAAGUAGAUAUUGCAAAUGGUUUCGGUAUUAUUAAAGCAAUAAAAGGAAGUAAAAGUGCCAAACCUGUUAUUCUAAUAAGUUAUUGA